UCAGUGAAUAAGAGGCAAAACUCUUGCACGGUUACAGUCGGUUAAAACAGGACCUUGUUUCAGGAAAAAAGUACUUUUAGAGGAAGUUAAACAAUGAGACAAAGAUAACAGAGAGAGGGAGGUAGUUAGGCAAGAGAUUGUGGUUAAUAAAUGACAGGUUGCAACUGACUCUACACCCAGAAGUGAGUGCUGGGUGUGUUUGAUUGCACAUAGGCGGCCAUCACUGACGUUAAAAAAAAACAACAGGAAAAGAAGACAGAGCGUCGUCUUCUCGGUUGCUGUUGUCGUUCCCGCUCAUGGGGAAAACCAAAGACAAGUCUGGGCCCCUGGCGCGGAGGCCGGACAACUCCGCUUUCAAGCAGCAGCGGCUCCCCGCCUGUCCCAUGCUCACCGCCAGCACCGUGCUGCCGUUCUUCUACCUGCUGGCUGUGAUAUGCAUGCUGCUCGGAGUGUGGCUGCUUCUCCUUGUACAGAGCACGCAGGAAAUCAAGCUGGACUACACCGAUCUGGGAGACUGUGAGAAAUGUUUCGACCUGCGUCAAAAUGUGAGCAACGCGGCGCAGACCUGCAACUGUCGGGUGGAGUUUUCAAUCGACAAAACAUUUAAGGGCGAUGUCUUUUUCUACUACGGUCUCAAAAACUUCCAUCAGAACCUCCGCAGGUACAUGGACUCCAGAGAUGAUGGACAGACGGUGGGCAGGAUAAAAAACUUAAAGAACCCCAGCACUUAUUGUGAGCCGUUUGCUAAAGAUAAGGACGGAGUCCCCAUCGCUCCAUGUGGAGCGAUCGCCAACAGUAUGUUCAAUGACUCCUUCACCCUGACCUAUCACUCCUCCAGCAGCCGUCGCUUUCCUGUCCCUUUGCUUCGGAAGGGCCUCACCUGGUACACAGACAAAAACGUCAAGUUCCGCAACCCGAGGUCGGACAAUCUAACUCUUGCUGAGGUGUUUGAAGGUACGAGACAGCCGCUGUACUGGCAGAAGCCUGUAUACAGUCUGGACCCACAAGACCCGAACAACAACGGUUUUAUUAACGAGGAUCUGAUCGUCUGGAUGAGAGAGGCAGCUUUCCCCAACUUCAAGAAGCUUUAUGGGAUUUUAAAUAGAGCAGAUGCCAUCUUUGAAAAAGGGCUUCCGAAGGGAAACUACAGCAUCGACAUAUCCUACAACUUCCCUGUGCAGCACUUCCAGGGCAGAAAGGAAGUGGUGCUGACCACGCUGACCUGGUUCGGAGGCCAGAACCACUUCCUGCCGAUUGCUUACCUGGUGACCAGCAGCCUGCUCCUGCUGACGGCCGUCGUCCUCACCGUGGCCUGGUGGAAGUUCGGAAAGGACGGGAAAAACAUGAAGGAAUGAAGCAGUGAGGCGCCAAGAUGCUGAGGACCGACACCGAUGAAGGAAUGAACCGAUACUCAUGCUGCUGAGAAGGCUUGCAAACCAGAGAUGGGGCAGACAAAGUGAAAAAUAUCCAUGGAAUUUUAACACGUUUAAAUGAACUAUCAACCAGUUUAUCCAUUUGGGAACGCUUUAAUGUGCAAAUGUUGUAAACCAGCUGUUUUAAGAGGAAGUGGUCAUGCUGCCUUUUAAACUGUAGCGUUUUUUCAUUUGAAGACGUCACAUUAGGGCCAUGCUUCACUGGAGCACAAGGUGUCGUAACAUGGAGUUUAGCGCAUCUUUUUGCUAAAGAAAGUUAAGUAAUUCAAGGACUUCAGUUUUUUUUUUUAAAGGAGUAAUUUGGGAGAUGUGAAUUGUUGAGUUGGAAUGAAGUUGAAAGGAUUAAACUGAAAAUCCUAGUUUUUAGAGUUGAGCUUCUGACUAAAUAUAUUUUUUUCUUUCAGUGAACACAUCGCCAGCUGAGAUUUUCAAACUGAUGCACUACAAUCUCUCCAUUAAAGGAAAUAUUUGCCCAAAAACUA